UUUGACCGAUAGGACUACUUGUGCUUGCAAUACUCUUUUAUGAAGGGGUUCCGGCUAAAAGUUUAUCGGGCGGGCCCGCACUAAUUUCGUUGCGCUACUAGAGAGUAUCCAGUUUUUCGUAUAAAUCUUGUCCAUGUAUAAUAGUUCCUUCCUCUAACACGUUGGUAUACAAAUCACUGAUGGUAUGUAUACAUGACAGGGAAUUCGACUAGUCUCUCAAGCUCGCGCCCUUUAUACCCUGCUCACGCCAGCCAACCCGCCUCUGUGAACGACCACGUGUGGUGUGAAUUUUUCGUAUUGGAGUGAGAGUCACCAUUGGGCAGCGUGUAUCGCUGGUGUAUCGCGGUGUAUCGCGAGCCGGUGCGGUCGUAUGGAGUGUGUAGAUGUGUUUUCUGUUGUGAAUUUUUAAGUCACAUAGCCAAAUAUCUAAUUAUUAUAAUAUUCAUCCUACGUACGUCAUAAAAGCGAUUGUAUGUUAAUGAAUGUUUUUGGGGGUUUAGAACACUAAAUAAUCUUAGGGUGUCAGAAAACUGAAUAGGAAGCUAUCAGAAUGGCAAAUCAAUUUGAUGCUGCUUUGGGUGGUAGCAUACAAAUUCCUGGUGUGAUAUCAACAGCAGCAUUUGCACAAGCACGGUGUCAAGAAAUAGAAGCUUUAAAUAAUGCAUUAGAACAAGCUCAGAAAGGAGGCCUAAUCUUUCAAAGAUUGCCGAAGGCAAUGAGGAGAAGAGUUAUGAGCCGCCAUUCCAAACGUAUGCCCAGAAGAUUGCGAGAAGCUCAUACAAAACAAUUGGAGAAAAAUGGUGUGCCACCAAAAACAAAAUGCCCUUCCCGAAAGUAUAGAAGACGUCCUCAAAAUCUGUUGUUGGAGUAUAACCGUCGGCAGCGAAACUUUAUAUGGUUGGAAACUCAUAUAUGGCAUGCCAAAAGAUUUCACAUGGUGGAAAAAUGGGGUUAUAAAUUAGCCAGUUUCCCUAAUGCAAAGACGUUCCGUGCCUGUUAUCGUGCGAGUGCCAACCACUGUUUGUUGCAGGAUAUUUCAUAUUACUGUUGCAUGGAAAUCAAAGGUCCUGAAAUACAACUGAUUGAAGGACUUAAGAAACAUGUUAGUUCAGCUGUUGGGUUAACAUUUGGAGCUCAGGCUUUCAUCUCCGGUUGUAAAGAAGGUCAUACCACAUUCUAUUAUAAAGAUAAGUUUCCAUUUGGAGCUGUUGGUGCAGUUCAGUUUUUAUGGAAAGCUGAAAAUGAAAGUAGCACUGAACAGAGAAUUUUAUGGCUGUGGACCCAUCCAUCUAUUUAUAAUGAAGUUAAAAAUUGUUUGAUUGAAACAUUUGCCCUAGGAGAGGAAAUGUUACCAGAGAAACUUUCGGAAGAUGUAGGCAGUCAGUUCAGUAUGGUAGAGAUGAAGAAACUUGAAGCACAUUGUGUAGUGGAGGCUUAUCCAAAAUAUAUUAGUUCAGACAAUAGAAUCUGUUUGAUUUUAUUGAAAGAUAAAUUAAACAGAUUUCGAUUGACUGGCCCUCUCUCACACAGUAUUUUAGUUGAUACAUUAAAUGUUACUUCAUUUGCUGAAAAAGACAAGUUGCUUGAUAUAUUUGAAACCGAGGAUGUUGAAUUUUUAAAUUCAGACAGUGACUUUGAAAGUCCUGAAGAUACCAUAGCGCAAAGAGAAGAAGCUGAUGUAAAUGACAACAAGAGAAUAUCUAGUGACUCAGAAAUGUGGUGGAAAACUUAUUAUAGAUCAAAUGAAGUAGCUCAAAAGGCUCACUUUUCACAAGCUGAUUUUUGGAGGGCAAUUAGAGGUUCAUAUUCUGCAUCUCAAUUCCCUCCACACCAAGUAGUGGCCCUCACAGUUCUGGAUCCUCGAUAUCAGUUACCAUCCAAGCGAGUUAAAAUUGUUCCGGAUUCCAAAGCUAAUAAAUGCCUUUUUGCAGUUCCUUUUCAGCCAGAGAGGCAUACAUCUCUUUUUAAAAGUAUUAGUAUCAGCCCCAUUUGGAGUUCAGAAGUAAGGAUGGCAACUUGCACUUCCAAACUCUCACAAAGUGAGUGGGAAAAGCACCGUGCACAAAAGGUUCUUGUUCCUGGAAUAUCAAAAGGGGAAAUAAAUUGUGCAAAAACAUUAAACCUGGAAAAGUCAAAUGGAUUUGAGCCUUCAUGUAUACCCAUUUUACUUGUUCAAAGGCCCGGAAGUCAAGAUUCACAACAAAAACGAGUAGGUUUCAGUUCUGGAUGGGAUAUAAUAUUCCCUGCUGGUUGGGCUAUGCCUUUCUGGAUCGCUUUAAUUUUUCGUGGAGCCAAGCCUGGUGGACUGAAAGAGACAUCUAUGGUGCAGUUUGAAACAGGAUCUGUGACAUUAACUGAACCCUUUGCGCCAGACACUGCUGCUGGAAAAACAGAAUCAGAGGCAAACAGACGAGAAAGAGAACAACAACAUUUUCAUCUUCCUCCAAAUAAACGUCCAAAUUUCAUCAAAUUGGGAAUAGCAAGUCCUUUUUCAUGUUGUUGGGACAUUUUAUUGAAUGAUUGGUGCCAAAACAAACACAAAGACAUUGAUGCAUCUUUUUAUGUUUUGCGUGAAAAAGUAAAAUUGGAUGCCCUGAAAUGUAUUAUUAAUAAUUCAUUCAAAUCUGGCAGUAAUGUAAAUGGGGGUACUAGAGCAGAUCAGAUUUCUCAUUUCUCAAGUUUAUUUUCGAAUAUGAACCACAAUUGCCUCAUUCCUGUUAGGAUUGAAAGUGUUAAGAGAGGAUGUCCAGCUGAUUGUGCCCUAAUUUGCAUUCCAAGUUCAGAUGAUAUUUUGCAUUCAAAGGAAAAUUCUGCCUGGGAAGGUCCUGUGGAGCCCAUCCAUAAUGAUAACAAAUCUGACCAGAGGAAAACGUUGCGCAAUCAACAUAAAAAAGAACUGAGGAGAUUGAGAAAGCAACGUGUUCUUAGCAAUAAUAAAUUAAAAAAGCAGAUGGACAUGUUACUGGAAAAGGGUGAAAGUAUAUCACAUUUAAUUUCUCUGAAAAAGGAGAAAACUCCAACAAAAGAUUUUGUAGAUAAACAUGCUGAAGAAAUGAAGCUGCUUUGGAUUCCUGAGCCCAAAACUAUAAAAGAUUCAUGCAGUCGAACUGUUGUUGGAUUUGUGUGCAAAGGUGAUUUUUCCUUCAGUGAAGCUCAUGGAGUAGGAUUAGGGUAUGUUCCUCUUCCAGCUCUAGUUCACCUAAUCAAUACUUGGACUGAGAAGCCUUUAGUUCUGUUUCGGAAUCCAAAUUCUCUUCAGUAUUAUUAUGCUGUUUUGAAAAUAUUCUAGUUUUUUGUAAGUCAGAGAGCUUUUGUAUAUUGUGAAAUUUUCAAUUGAAAAUCCUUUUUGUUGAGAAUUACAUUGUGUAAGAUUUAAGAGUGAGUCAAAGUGAUGUAAAAAUGUGUAAAAUAAUUAUUCAGAACAUACUAUUCUUUUGAUCUCUUCUGGCAGUUUUGAGAAGUGUUGUGUAAUAUGAAGUUCAUUGAUUUGUUGUUAUGUUCUGGAAGAAUUGUAUAUAAUAUUAUAUGCAGUGUCUGCAUCAGAGAGAUCUUUAGUUACUGAGGGAGAAAAAUAAAUGUGUAUAACUAAACAGUUGAUACUGAGAAUUCUAUA